CCCCCCCCCCCCCCCUUCUCUAAUUAUCUCAGAAUUGAUUUCAAAUACAGGCCACAGUUUCUUUUCAGUGCAAUGCUUUUGAGUGCAAAAGCAUUGGGUAGAAUCUGGGAUGAUCUCAUUUAUUCCAAGGCGAUAAAAAGAUCAAGUCACAUCAAAUUUUAACCAUUGAUAUGCAUUAUCACAUAUUAUGACAUAAACCUUGUAAUUACGAUUAAUUAACUUUGAUUUGUCUUGUGUCUAGUUUUCUAUAAAAUUUGAAUUUUGGCAUCUUCAUCAACUUUAAGCAUAUAAACUUUUGGUUCCCUGUGAGUCAGCUGGUAAUGCAGGUAGUUCAGAGUUGGCUCCUCAAAAACAAUUCUGGAACAGUAUUUGGCACCUGCAAGUUCCUAAUAAGAUCAAGCAUUUUGUUUGGCAAGCUUGUAACAAUGUUCUGCCAACAAUGAGUAAUCUCUUCCAUCGACAGAUCACUCCUUCGGCCAAUCGUGCUCUCCGCCAGUCUCUCCCAGAAGAUCCUCUUCACGCAUUCUGGUUAUGCAAGGAGGUGGAAUGUGUGUGGCAUCCCUGCACCUGGGCUUCCCAAUCAGUCUCUUCUCCUCCAGAGAAUUUUUUGUGAUUUACUCAAUUGUUUCUUACGAUUCCAUGAUGAUUUUCGAAAGGAAAUUUUUGUGAUUGCAGCUUGGUUUUUGUGGAAUAGGAGGAAUGCUCUUCAUUUCGGUCGGACAGCCCAACCUCUAGCCAACAUUCUCUCUAUGGCUGGACAUUUACUCCAGGAAUUUCUUGCUGCCCAGGAUCCCAAACCACCGGUGUCUCGGCCUCAUCCCUUGAUUCAAUGGCGUCCCCCUGAUCAGAAUGUUUACAAAUCGAACUUUGAUGCAGCUGUUUUUAAGACCGGCAACUCAGCAGGUAUAGGGGUCAUAGCUCGAGACUGGAGAGGUGAAGCUAUCGGUGCUCUUUCCUUGUCCAUUCCCCUAGCGCAGAAGGUUGCAGAAAUGGAGGCUCUCGCAUGCCGUAGGGCGGUGCAUUUCGCUGGAGAAAUCAGUCUUCACAGAGUUAUUUUUGAAGGUGAUGCGGCUGUGGUUAUCAACGCCAUCUCUCAAGGGAAUGAUGCACUGUCUGCUUAUGGUAAUAUCAUUAACGAUAUUCGCUGCCUUGUUGCAGUUUUUCAGGUUUUUCAGUUUUGUCAUGUCCAUUGUAAUUGAAACGUUGUUGCAAUGCAGUCGCUAGAAAAGCAAAAAACCAGUUGGGGUUCCAGGUUUGGAUGGAAGAAAUGCCUGAGGAUAUUGCCCCCUUAAUUUUGUUUGCUGCUCAUUAGUUUGAUUGUUCAAUAAAUCCUUCUA